GGUCGACCCACAGAGGACGUGGUUGAAGGCGUGGCGCUUUAUCUGACUGUCCUCUUCUACUGGCUGGGUGUGCCGCUGGAAUUCGUUACUCGGCUGCCCUACGGUUUGCGUUGUCUGGAGACAGUCUCGUCUGCUGUGGAUAAGGAGUACCGCAGCUAUCCCGAUGCCAUCGUCUUCCGGCCCCCUAAACGAACUCACUUAGAUGCUGACUGUGUUAGCACCACGUGA